UAUCCUGUAUAUAAAAUCAUGAGUGGUUGAAGGAAAAAAAAAUCUUCCAUUGAACAAAUUGUAGAAAGAUCAAAUUUGUAUGCUUAAAUAAUUUAUAAUUACCCUUUAAAAGAUCAAAAAUUGGUAUAAAGAGAUUAGCUAACUAGAAGUGGAGAGUAGAGAAUUUGUUUGUGGAGAUAUUAAGAGGAUACAUUGUAAUAGAACGAAGCUUUUGAAUCGUAACUUGAUGAAUAAAACUAUCAGCAUAAUCCCAUAAUCCAACCCUCAUAAAUGAACGUCAAUCCACAUAUUCAGUAUUUACAACUGCAUCAAAUACCACAACAAGGUCAACAGCCAAUCAAUAACAAUGGCCAAUCUCCACAGAUAUCGCAAUUGCAAUUACAACAACACCAGUUACAGAGACAACAGUUGUUGAAUCAUCAUAUACAACAACAACAACAACAACAACAGCAACAGCAGCAACAACAACAACCUCAAUCCCAACAACAGCAACAGCUUAGUACUCCUAGUGCUCAACAUGUAACUACUAAUCCUUUAUUAGCUGCCUUGAAUGGAGGUAACUCAAAUAAUCAAAACAAUGGUAUGGGUCCAAAUUCCAAUUUAGCUAAUAACAAUGUAAAUCCUGUGUUACAAAUGCAAUUACACCAACAACAGCAACAGCAGCAACAACUUCAACAACAACAGCAACAACAACAAAGUCUUCAAUUCCAACAACAGCUUCAACAACAACAACAGCAACAACAGCAGCAGCAGCAGCAACAACAACAACAAUUACAAUCCCAUCAAUUACCACCUCAACAUGUCCAAGAACAAACUCCAAAAGUAAGAGAAGUAUGGUUUGCCAAUUUGGAGAUUGAAUUUCACGCUUUACGAACUUUCAUCAACGAUAAAUCAUCAUCUUUAUAUAUUGCUAUUCAUCAAGAAAUCCCAGGGAUAGUUGCCAGACCAGUAGGUUCUUUCAAAUCUGCCUCUGAUUACCAUUUUCAAACUUUAAGAACUAAUGCUGAUUUAUUAAAUUUAAUUCAAUUAUCAUUAUGUAUAACUAAAAUAAGAAAUAAUGAAGUGUUUGCUACUGUAGUUUGGCAAUUCAAUUUCUUAUAUGAACCACAAGAAGAAAUGUUUAAUGAAGAACAUUUAAAUAUGUUACAACAAACUGCUCAAAUUAAUUUCCUAUUGCAUCAAAAUAGAGGUAUUCCUCAUUUUGUAUUUUCAGAAAUGUUUUACGAUAGUGGUUUACUUUUAGAUUCAAGUAUAAAUUGGAUAAGUUAUCAUGCUGGUUACGAUUUAGGUUUCUUUGUAAGUUUACUUGCAAAUAAUAGUCUUCCAAUGGAUGAACAAGAAUUUUAUUGGUGGAUUUCUAAAUUUUUCCCUAAUUUUUAUGAUUUGAAAUAUAUUGGUAGUCAAGUAUUAAAUAAACCUGCUAAUGAUGAUGCCACCAAAAAUAAUAAUAAACCUUCCAUAGAAUAUUUAGCGGAAGAAUUACAUUUAUUACCAAUUUCUCCUGCCGUUCGUCAAAGUUUUGCAUGUUCCAAUACUCCAACCGUUCAUCAACAACAAAUGACUUCUACUUUAAAUGCAUAUUUAUCUAUGGAAUGUUUUAAAGAAUUGUUAAGACAAUCAUCUUUCGAUCCUGCAUUCCUUGCCAGAUAUAAAGGUUAUAUUUGGGGUUUGGGCCAUUUAAAGGGAAAUGAUAAUGGUAAUGCCAUUGGUGAAGAGCUUCUUUUAACAAAUGGAGGUACUCCUCAACCUUCUACUCCAGGUGGAAGUAAUAAAGGUGGCACAGUUCAUUUUGGAAGACCACUUUAAGCUUUCUAUAUAUUAUUACGACUUCUUUUGUAUUUUAAUUAUUUUUUAUUUCCUUUUUAAUUAUACAGAUCUAUCCUAAACUACUUUGUAAUACAAUUUCAAUUUAAACAAUAA